AUGCUCCUCAAUAUCUCAAGGGAUCAACGACUUGCAGAUCCGAAUUUCGACAAACCAGGCACAAUAGAUCUUCUAAUAGGUGCAGGUCUGUUUUGGAACCUAUUAUGCGUUGGACAGAUCAAGAUGUCGAGGGGAAGUCCAAUCUGGCAAAAAACGCAGCUCGGCUGGAUAAUUGGAGGCGAGCUCAUUGACGCUAAACCAAGGGAGGAGGUACCGGAGCUUCGACAACUAACCACACAAGAAAGAUAUUGCGAGGAACAAUUCAUAUCGACACUUUCCAGAGAUCCCACUGGAAGAUUUGUAGUAAGCCUACCCAAAAAUGAGGCAGUCACAAUUGGUAGCUCAAGAGAAGUUGCCUUGCAACGAUUUAAGGCUUUGGAGCGCAGAUUUAAACGGCAACCUAACCUCAAGGAAGAUUAUGUGAGAUUCAUGGAAGAAUACGAGAGACAAGGGCACAUGGAGCCAGUGGAUGGAGAUACUCUAAGCGAAAACGGGUUGACAUGCUUUCUUCCACACCAUUCAGUUUUGAGGCCGGAUCAUCUCACAACAAAGGUGAGAGUGGUGUUCGACGCAUCAGCCAAGACGAGCAGCGGUCGGUCGUUAAAUGAUAUGCUCUUGGCAGGACCGAAUUUACAAAAUGACUUGAUGCACAUAUUGCUAAGAUUUCGAUUGCAUAAAUAUGUAAUAACUGCGGACAUAGCCAUGAUGUUUCGGCAGAUUUUGGCGAACGAGGAGGAUAGAAGACUACAGCUGAUAAUUUGGAGAAAAUCUGAAGAUCUUCCCAUAG